CCGCCCGCCCUGGGCUUUCCAUGGAGCCUCCUCCUCGGCGGCGGCUGGGCCGCGCGGUUCCUUUAAGAGCUGGCCUACGUGGCAGUCAGUCGCAAGGCGAGUGUGCAACAGCCCCGCUACUUCCUGUGCAGCCUUUUGCAGCCAGCAGCGGGCUGGGGUGGGGGUGCGUGUGUGAGUCGGCCCGGGCUCCCAGGCGCUGAGCAGCCACCCAGCCCGCCCUGCGCCCUCCCUCCUCCCCAGCAGCACAUCUGCAGCAGCAGCAGCAGCCCCCUCUCCGCUGGCAGCCAUGGGGCAGAACGAUCUCAUGAGCAGCGCGGAGGAUUUUGCGGACCAGGUUUCUUGCAGCAUUGCCAAACACAGAGAAUUGCAGGAUCCUGACCAGGGCUGUUCAUCUCGACUAACUACAUCUAUCUCUUCUCUCCUUCUCGAUUUCCUGGUUCUUACGCGUGACGAAACAGUACCUCCCCCACGUGGCCCGCCUCUGCCUGAUCAGCACGUUUCUCGAAGACGGCAUCCGGAUGUGGUUCCAGUGGAGCGAGCAGAGAGACUACAUCGACGCCACGUGGAACUGUGGCUACCUCUUGGCCUCCGUCUUCGUGUUCCUAAAUCUCUUCGGACAGUUAAGUGGCUGCAUCCUUGUGCUGAGUAGGAACUUCGUCCAGUAUGCCUGCUUUGGAUUAUUUGGAAUUAUAGCAUUACAGACAAUUGCAUACAGCAUUUUAUGGGAUCUGAAGUUUCUAAUGAGGAACCUCGCACUUGGGGGUGGUCUGUUGCUGCUGCUGGCCGAGUCGCGGUCGGAGGGGAAGAGCAUGUUCGCCGGCGUGCCCACCAUGCGGGAGAGUUCGCCCAAGCAGUACAUGCAGCUCGGGGGCCGUGUGCUGCUAGUCCUCAUGUUUAUGACGCUCCUGCAUUUCGACGUUAGCUUCUUCUCGAUUCUCCAAAACAUCGUGGGCACGGCCCUGAUCAUCCUGGUAGCCAUCGGCUUCAAGACCAAACUAGCAGCCCUCACCCUGGUCAUCUGGCUCUUCGCCAUCAACAUCUACUUCAACGCCUUCUGGACCAUUCCGGCCUACAAGCCGAUGCACGACUUCCUCAAGUACGAUUUCUUCCAGACCAUGUCGGUCAUCGGGGGCCUUCUCCUUGUGGUGGCCCUGGGGCCCGGCGGCGUGUCCAUGGACGAGAAGAAAAAAGAAUGGUAGAAGAGGCAAGAAGACCCAUCAUCUCGGGAGCCUGGGGACUGACUCUCCCUAUGGAUUCACCGGGAAAGAGAAAAGGAACUGCCAGCAUUUACAAAGACGUGCCUGCCUUCCCUCGUUCAAGGCACAGCAAAUUUUUAUUUUGACAACCGCACUGAUAAUCCGAUACUCGAUCACUUCUCAUCACGGAACAUUUGCCUGGGGCUGCUGUUGCCUUCCCCCCCCACCCCCCCAACCGAUAAUUUCCAAAAAUUCGAUGACGCUGCUGCUUCGCCAGCACUGGGUGGGUCCUCCGCCAUCUGCCGCCUUUCAGAUCCUCAAUGGGUUUUUUAAAAAAAGGGUUUUAAACUACUGUGAUCAGAUAUCCUGUUGUAUACUUUCCCAUACGAUGGUGUUCCAUCUCUUUUUUUUUUUUUGGUUCUGUUUACAUCGUUCUUGUAAUUAAACAAAGUCACUUCCUGA